CCCUGACGGCCAGUCCCGUCCUUCUCGCAGCCGAGCUGGUGGUGGACAAGGCCAUGGAGCUGAAGUACGUGGGGGGCGUCUAUGGAGGGAACAUUAAACCCACGCCCUUCUUGUGCCUGACGCUAAAGAUGCUGCAGAUCCAGCCCGAGAAGGACAUCAUUGUGGAGUUCAUAAAAAACGAAGACUUCAAGUAUGUCCGAAUGCUUGGAGCACUGUACAUGAGACUGACAGGCACUGCCAUCGACUGCUACAAGUACCUGGAACCGCUGUACAAUGACUAUCGGAAAAUUAAAAGUCAGAACAGAAAUGGGGAAUUUGAGCUGAUGCACGUGGAUGAAUUUAUUGAUGAGCUACUCCACGAAGAACGUGUUUGUGACAUCAUCCUGCCUCGACUGCAGAAACGGUAUGUUCUGGAAGAAGCUGAACAACUUGAGCCUCGUGUUAGUGCUCUGGAAGAAGAUAUGGAUGAUGUAGAAUCUAGUGAGGAGGAGGAAGAAGAAGAUGAAAAGCUGGAACGGAUCCCAUCUCCUGACCACCGCAGGAGGGGCUACAGGGACCUGGACAAGCCCCGCAGAUCUCCAGUGGUGCGGUACCGGCGGAGCCGGAGCAGGUCCCCGAGGAGGCGCAGCCGCUCUCCAAAGAGAAGAAGCCCAUCACCGCGCCGGGAGCGGCAUCGCAGCAAAAGCCCGAGACGGCACCGGAGCAGAUCCCGGGAGAGGCGCCACAGAUCGAGAUCGAAAUCUCCAGGGCAUCACCGUAGUCACAGACACAGAAGUCAUUCCAAAUCACCUGAAAGAUCUAAGAAAAGUCACAAAAAAAGUCGGCGAGGGAAUGAAUAAUAGACAAAACCCAGCUCACCGUUUAAGGAUCUUGAACUGCAGUCUACUGCUGUCCUAUUUGCUCUGCAGGACAGCUGGCUCUGUACUGGCUGCUUUAGCAGUCCCUUUCUUUAAUCUUUCUCAUUUUCUUGUCUUGGGUUU